AAGGGAACGCCUUUAAUGCGGCGCUCGUGAAACUGCAAGUAGCCCACGGUAACGGAGUUGCUGUCUAACCGCUGUGCUAUCAAGAUCCGCUGGGUGGGUGCGUUCGCGAUCACUGUAGACAUGGCUAACAGUUGUCUGUGGACUGUGGGCCUGCUGCUGGCGCUGCUGCUGCCAACGGAAGUACUUUCUCAGGGUUCUUUUGACCUGGCUGGUGCUCUGGGUGGUGACAGUAAAUCAUCAACGACCCCUGCACCAAAACCAGCUAUACCUGCAGGAGGAGAGUUUGAUUUGGAGGAUUUCUUCAAAGUCAGUGGCACCACCACCACCAAAGCCCCACCCAGGGUUGUACCUAAGGGUACCAAGGCCCCAGUCAAGCCUAGACCCAAGCCAGCUAAUGAUGACCUAAACCUGGCGGAUGCCUUGAACCCCAACAAUGACAUUGGUGGCAAGGAGAAAAACAAGGGGCAGGGAGAUAGAUUUUCUGACAGUGAUCUGGCUGAUGUGGGUAAAGAUGACACGUACAAGCCUGACAAAGGCAAAGGUGGAUUCUCAGGAGGUGACGGUGAUCUGAUUAACCAGCAUGAUGACAAUCGUGAGACCACAGCUGAGGUGGGCACCAUUGCAGGGAUUGUCAGUGCAGUUGCCAUGGCACUGGUGGGAGCAAUAACCAGUUACAUCUCCUAUCAGAAGAAGAAGCUGUGCUUCAGUAUGCAACAGAGCCUGAACACUGACAUGGUGAAGGCUGAGAACCCUGAGGCUGUGGUGGCUACAGAACCACAAGUCCAACAGACUCUCCUGGAGCCGUCCAAUGCUGAGCCUCCCACUGAAGAAAAUGCUGUCUAAACACAUUCACAAGGUCACCCACAUACAUUACCCCUCCACAAAUCCCCCCACCUAAACCAUGCACACACUCCCAAACAGAACCUUUCCAAAUGUGUGUGUAUUUAGUAAUUUAUUGCUUACUAUUUGAACACAUCCAACAACACAUCCAACUGGUUUGCUUUUUUUUAAAAAAGCAUUUCCCCUUUUGACACAUAACUGAUUAUUUGUGACAAAUCAUAUAUCUUACUUUUGUUGAUGGAAACCAUGUGAAGUAGAAUAACACUUCCGAGAAUCCUGUCUGUGCUCAGUUAAAGGGAUAGUUCACUGAAAAAUGUAUAUUCACUCAUCAUCUACUAAGUCGAUGGAGGGAUGGGUGAAGUGUUUGAGACCACAAAACACUUUUGGAGUCUCAGGGGUAAACAGUGUUGCAG